AUGUCAGAGCCACAAGAUAAAGAUGGUAGCGAUGGCGAGGAGAAGGUGCCGUACGGCCAGUACCAGUUCGAUCUGUAUGCUCAAGCAAUGAUUGCCGGCCAAAAACCCAUUGUCACGACGGACCCGAACAAGCUAGAACAGGCGGCCAGAGAGGCCAUGGCCCCCGAAGCCUUCAACUAUGUCUUUGGCGGCGCGGGCGAGCAGGCGACUAUGCAUGCCAACCGCCUGGCCUUCCGCCAGUGGAAGCUGAUCCCGCGCAUGCUGCGGCCCACCAUGCCACGCGAUCUCAGUGUCGAACUAUUUGGCAAGAAAUACGACACCCCUCUCCUCAUGGCCCCCAUCGGCGUCCAAGGUGCCUACCACCCCCACGGCGAAGAAGGCGUCGCCACAGCCUGCGCCUCCCUCCACGUCCCCUACAUCUACAGCACCGCGGCCACGACCCCCCUCGAGGCGGUCGCCUCGGCCGCGCCCGCCGUCCCGCGCUGGUUCCAGCUCUACUGGCCGCUCUCGGACGCGCUCACCGCGUCGCUGCUCUCGCGCGCCCGCGCCGCCGGCUGCGCCGCGCUGGUCGUCACCCUCGACACCUUCACCAUGUCGUGGCGGCCGCUGGACCUGGACGCGGGGUAUCUGCCGUUUGCGCGGGGCCAGGGCAACGCGCUGGGGUUUAGCGACCCGGCGUUUCGGCGGAUGUUUGCGGAGGGGAAUGAGGGGGAUGGGGAUGUUGACGGGAAAGAGAAUGUGGUGGCGGCGAGUCGGGCGUGGUUGGCGGAGGUAUUUUCGGGGCAUGCGCAUCGGUGGGAGGAUCUGGCGGUGUUGAGGCGGUUGUGGGGGGAUGGGCCGAUUGUGUUAAAGGGGGUGUUGAGUGUGGGGGAUGCGGAGAUGGCGGUGAGGGCCGGGGUGGAUGGGAUUGUGGUGUCGAAUCAUGGGGGCAGGCAGUUGGAUGGGGCGGUGCCGGCGUUGGAGAUGCUGCCGGAGAUUGUGGAUGCUGUUGGGGACCGGCUGACGGUGUUGUAUGAUUCGGGGGUGAGGACGGGGGCGGAUGUGUUGAAGGCGCUGGCGUUGGGGGCAAAGGCGGUGUUGGUUGGGAGGCCGGUGAUAUAUGGUUUGGGGAUCGCGGGCAGCGAGGGCGCGAGGCAUGUGCUGGCGGGGCUUUUGGCUGACGUAGAUCAGUCUAUGGGGUUGGCUGGUGUACAGAAUGUGUCGGAGCUGAACAGGAGCAUCCUGAGGAAGAUAAAUUACGGUGGCGAUGUCAAGUCAUCUCUUUGA